AAAGGAAUGAUUCGGUUAUGACUAAAAGAGGAAGGGUUAGAAAGAGUUGAAAGGGGAAUUUGCAAUGCAAAAGUGAUAAAGGAGCACUGUAAUGCAAAGAGCAGGCAGAACCCCGGUGUGUCAAUGAUCUAACACCUCAUUCAGACAAGAGCACAGUCCCAACAUCCAUUUGUUACCAGGUUUAGGUCCUCAGACAUUAAAAGGUACCAUGUCUGAAUUUUCUGGAGGAUGGAGGGGGCACUAGAAAGCCAUUUUUCCUGAAUAAAAGCAUGGAGUAAGUCGAGGUUCAGGAAAGUAAUCCUGAAUCCUAAAAGGAUUAAAGGAAGGGACAAAAUAGGGUUUCUGAGGGAAUAUGAUAACAAAUUGGGAUUGCCCAAUUGCCUGAUACAGGAACAGGAUAACAGUUCCUAUGAAAGGAUUUUUCUCUCAAUUUGAAAAAGAUAAAAUGGACUAAAACUAUAGCAUUAAUAAUAACACUGGGUAAACACCACCAAAGGUGCUAUAAUACUAGAGCUGCUGACCGAUGGAAUCGACCUUCCCAGAGGUUGCUGAAGGGCCAAACGCACACAUUCCGAAACAGCCCACAUUCCCCUUUACCCGAGAGCCCCUGGGUCAGGGCACGUGCAUGUCCGCCUUGUGCAAGGGCCUUUCUCUGACUCGGGACGGGGCCUCUCUGCAGUCUCCCCUCAGGGCUCUAUGACGCAGCGUUCACCGGCCUGGCCUCAACCUGGGAAGGUGCCUCUCCUGGAACGGCUUCUGCUGGAAGAACCGGCCGCCCGCUCCGGGGCGGCUAGGCCACGUGUGCCCCGGCUGUCUGUGCACAGAGACCCUGAACAACACUGACGGAUAUAAAAAUGGACAAUUUUACUACACCCUCUGCAGCUUCUCUGGAAAGCGACUGUGAUCUCUAUGCCCACCACCAGACAGCCAGGAUCCUCAUGCCACUGCAUUACAGCAUCGUCUUCGUAAUUGGGCUUGUGGGAAACUUACUGGCCUUGAUUGUCAUUAUUCAAAACAGGAAAAAAAUCAACUCGACCACUCUAUAUUCAACCAAUUUGGUGAUUUCGGAUAUACUUUUUACCACGGCUCUGCCCACACGGAUAGCCUACUACGCGUUGGGCUUUGACUGGAGAAUUGGCGAUGCCCUGUGUAGGAUAACCGCUCUUGUGUUUUACAUCAACACGUACGCAGGUGUGAACUUCAUGACCUGCCUGAGCAUUGACCGGUUCUUUGCUGUGGUGCACCCCCUGCGGUACAAUAAGAUAAAAAGAAUUGAACACGCAAAAUGUAUCUGCAUAUUUGUCUGGAUUCUGGUAUUUGCUCAAACACUCCCGCUACUCAUAAACCCUAUGUCAAAACAGGAGGCUGAAAGGACUACGUGCAUGGAAUAUCCAAACUUUGAGGAAACCAAAUCCCUCCCCUGGAUUCUGCUUGGUGCCUGUUUCAUAGGAUACGUACUUCCACUUGUCAUUAUUCUUAUCUGCUAUUCUCAAAUCUGUUGCAAGCUCUUUAAAACUGCCAAACAGAACCCGCUAACUGAGAAAUCGGGGGUCAACAAAAAGGCUCUCAACACAAUUAUUUUUAUAAUUGUUGUGUUUGUUGUAUGCUUCACGCCUUAUCAUGUUGCAAUUAUUCAACACAUGAUCAAGAAGCUUCGUCUUCCUGGUCUCCUGGAAUGUAGCCAAAGACAUUCAUUCCAGAUAUCUCUGCACUUUACAGUAUGUCUGAUGAACUUCAACUGCUGCAUGGAUCCUUUUAUAUAUUUUUUUGCAUGUAAAGGGUACAAGAGAAAGGUCAUGAAGAUGCUGAAACGUCAAGUCAGUGUAUCAAUUUCCAGCGCUGUGAGGUCAGCCCCUGAAGAAAACUCACGUGAAAUGACAGAAACUCAAAUGAUGAUACAUUCCAAGUCUUUAAAUGGAAAGUAAAAAGGAAAGGAGUCUUGGAUUUAUACCAAAGUAGAAUGUAUGCUGAACUUUGCAAGACUUUUCUUAUAACAAGUGUUAGACUUCCAAUUCGGAUUCUUUUGAAUUCCUUUCACUGGGCACUAUUUCUCACCUCCAACUUGGAAGUUUUACACUCAAGAACAACAUUCAGCAAAAUUCUCAUUUAUAAAUGAAAUAGUAUACCUUUAAAAGGGAGGGUAUUUUAAUAAGUCUCAGUGUAAAAAGAAAAGUUUUGUGUUAACAAAAAACUAAAUCAUUAAUGUUCCUCACCAAUAAUUCAAAAAAAGAGAAAAGACUAUAAAAAUUGUAUAUUGCCAGUGUAGAAAUGUUAAUAUUGUAAUAUUCCCUCUCUCUCUUUUUUUUUUUUUUUGUACAUUUCAAUUCAUGUUUCUUUCGAUCUUAGACUUUACCUCCUCGAUAAUAACCAUUUUUUUUUUCGGAGUCAUAAAUUUUCAUCUCAAGAAACUUGGUUUUGAAUAAAGAGCUAGAUGCUACAAAAUUA